CUGUUUGUCAUUUUCUGUCAAAUUCGUUGCGGCUUGUCAUUGUGUGAGUUCCACAAAAUCUUUACAAAAAGUAUUUUAAACGUGUAAAUUUAGUUAUUUGUAGUCAAAAUGGCAUUUAUGGGGGAUAUGAUGAAUCCUGCGCCCUUAUGGCAAAAUGGGCCAGCCCCGGGCGCCUUCUACAACUUCCCAGCAAAUUCAUCAGGGUUUGGACCAAGCACUCGUCCAGUCCAGGAGUUUAAAGCCCAUUCCGCAACCCCAAUCACAACAACCACAACAGUUAUUGGAGUCAAGUUUGACAAGGGUUGUGUGAUCGCUGCAGACACCCUCGGAUCAUACGGCACUCUCGCCAGGUUCCGUGACUGUCCUCGUAUCAUGAAAGUCAAUGAUCUGAUCCUGUUAGGUAACGGUGGCGAUUACGCUGACUACCAAUACUUGAGGGAUAUUAUUGAACAAAAAAUUAUUGAUGAGCAGUGCAUUGGAGAUGGUCUGUUGUUGAAACCUCGCUCCCUGCACUGCUGGCUGACCAGAGUGCUGUACAACAAGCGCAGCAAGAUGGACCCCUUGUGGAGCAACUACGUUGUUGCUGGUAUUCAGGAUGGCGAACCAUUCCUCGGUGCAGUAGACAAGCUCGGCACAGCGUAUGAAGACGCGGCCAUCGCCACUGGUCUCGGAGCCUACAUGGCGACUCCACUCGUACGUGAGGCAGUCGACAAGGGCAACCUUGAUGAGGAGGGUGCUAAAGCGUUAGUCCGCAAAUGUAUGGAAGUUCUCUUCUACCGCGACGCCCGCGCAUUCCAACGCUACCAGCUGGGCGUGGUCACCAGCGCAGGAGUGCGUAUUGAGGACCUAGCAGAACUGAAACAUGAUUGGUCGCUCGCCCACAUGAUUCAUAUGAAGUAAAUUACUGUCAGUUAUUCUAAUAAAUGUCUUUUUAUAAUUAU